CUUGUGCCUUGUAGGACGUUUGGGACAGAAAAUCCCAAUUGUAGUGUGGAAAUGUUUCGUUCGUGUAACUCUAGUUACAUCUAUAGAUACUGUAGAUUGUAGAAUCGCAUUUGGAGCUGUGCCUCGUUUUCGCGAAACCUUUUUUCUCCGUAUUUUUUUUUUAUCUCUUCCCAUAUGCAAUUAAUCUUAUUUACACUUUUGUUGAUCUGUGUGGCGAGAGAACAAUUACUCGAGAGUUAAUCGCUGGUGUCUCCUAGGCCGCCUGAAGUACACGCCAAGAAGUGGCCCCCUGUCUUUCAUCUGGAAAAUUUUCAAUUAGCAAGAGAGACAGUCGCUGGGGAGGCGAAGAGUGAAAGAGUGAGAUAGGGAACUGGUGGAGUAGUUGGCAAAAAUUGAAUGUGAUCUGUGACGAUGAUGUAAGGAGGAUCGCACGAAAAUUGUGCGACCACACUCAACAUUCAGCUUAAAUUGAUCAAUUUUGAGGCAAAGUGAUCGUACAUUUUAUAAGGAGGAGUGACGUGAUCGUGUGCAAUACAAGCUCCCAGCGAAUUUUGAGGGCGUCUCAAUCAUUUGCAAAAUUGCCAAAUUCCGUGUCCAACUGUAUACACCACUGACCAAGGCAAUAUGGACCAGCAGUUCUGUCUUCGCUGGAAUAAUCAUCCGACCAACUUGACUGGCGUGCUGACUUCCCUUCUCCAGAGGGAGGCCCUCUGUGACGUCACACUGGCAUGCGACGGUGGUGAAAUUGUCAAGGCACACCAGACCAUCCUGUCGGCAUGCAGUCCGUACUUUGAAAGCAUUUUCCUGCAGAACUCUCAUCCGCAUCCGAUAAUAUACUUGAAAGAUGUUAGAUACUCAGAGAUGCGCUCACUUCUUGACUUCAUGUACAAGGGUGAGGUGAACGUUGGCCAAAGAUCGUUACCGACAUUUCUAAAGACAGCCGAAAGUUUACAGGUACGCGGUUUGACCGACAACAACAACAUCAACUACCGACCUGAGAGCGACAGGGAUCGCGAUUCCGAGACGAAUGCGAGUGGUGCUAUGAAACACUAUGAUAAAACAGAACGGGACAGAGAUCGCGACCGGGAGCGGCUGGAGCGCGAUCGCGAGGAGAAUUCGGAGAGCAAAGACCGCGAUAGGGAGACACCUGUGGAUCAACUGAGCAGCAGUAGCAGUACCAAGCGGAGACGUAAAAAUUCAUUAAACUGUGAUAAUUCAAUGCAUGGCGCCAGUGUCCAGGAGCGGCAUUAUUCUCAGGAUUCUCAGGCAUCGUCGCAUAGUAGUUAUAAAUCCAGUCCAUUGCCAAAAUUAAAUCCUCUGGAAGGAGAAGACACACGCCGAAAUUCACCAUCGUUGAAUGCCAGCGGCGCCAAUCAAUCAGUUAGCAUUAAACAAGAAUUACCUGAUAUGGGCCAUCAUCCUGGUUUGCCACCAGAAUUACUUCCGCCCACUUCAAUGUCCCUGCAUCCUGAGGAUAUGACAAGUCUACUUCCUGCUCAUGGACUUCAAGUGGAGUCGUCGGAGAAUGACUCACAGCAUCCGCCGAUGGAUCACAGUGAUAAUAUCGAUGGUGGGCGCAACAUAUUGCAGCCGCUGAUGGUGGCGUCACGUGGUCACCACAACAUCCACCCACCGCCGCCCGCGGGCCCGGCAGCAGGCCAGCAGCGUGCCAUGCAGCAGCACAGUCACCUGGCGGAGGGUCAGGCGGAGAAUGGGGGCCAAUCGGUGGGUGGCGCCGCGGGCCCCGCACCGACGCGUCGUGACCACAACAUUGACUACUCCACCCUCUUUGUGCAGCUGUCGGGCACUUUUCCCACCCUGUAUCGAUGCGUGAGUUGCCACAAGACGGUGUCCAAUCGCUGGCACCACGCCAACAUCCACCGACCGCAGAGUCACGAGUGUCCCGUGUGCGGACAGAAGUUCACGCGACGGGACAAUAUGAAGGCUCACUGCAAGAUAAAGCACGCAGAGAUGAAAGAUCGCUUCUUUAGCCACUACGUACACAUGUGAUCGAUCUACUUGUAACAUUCACAGUAAAUUGUAGCCAGUGUGUCUCUCAAUAUUAUCCAGAGUUAAAAUGAAAGUAAAGAAAAAAAAUCGAGAAAAAUACCAAAAAACAUGUAAAUGUAGAUGCCAUAAGUCAACGUAAAAGCCAUGUUGUAGAGCCAUAAAAGAUGUAUAGACACUAUUUUAUCAUAUUGCUGUGGGGACGGAAGGUAUUUGGCGGAGAAGGCGGGGUCGCGCAUUGAGAAAUGUCUUAUUUUCAAGCAAUGUGUAUUCUUGUGGUUAGGAUGUAUAUCAAACUGACAUUGUAGCAGAACCAGCAGAACAUUAAAAAUUUAUUGUUAAAAAAUAGUGGUGGGAAAAACUGUGUAGAGGGAAAAUUACCAUUUCCAUGAUAUUUCAAUAUCACCAAAAUCCGACAACAGUGUGCUUUCCCAUUUUGUUUGCGGUGUGAAAGACUUGGUGAGAUUGCUGUGUGUGUGUGUUUGAAAGAAAAUAUUUUAAUAUUGCAAAUGCGGUGGGGAAGAAGGACACAGGACGAGAGUGGCUGUCUGUGCUUGAAACCUAAAGGAAAAUUUAAUGAGUUACAAUAGGGUGGCCCCGGGAAAAUAGGCAAUUUGACCAAUGACGUGGUAAUGAGAUUACGACUCUCAGUUGCUAAUUGGGAUGAUUCGAUCAAAAGCCUUCCAUCUCUGGGCUUCCCUGUUGCCAGUGCACAAUUCAUCUUCAAAUUAAAGCCAAAGAUAGGAUCUGAAAAUGUCAUUAAACAUCGCAUUUUCCCCCCAAUUUAGCUAUCAGUCAAAUAUUUUUGCCCCACCACCCCCUCGUCACAGUUCAGAUGACCUGUUUCGUUUGUUUUUUUUCCUGGGCAGGAGAGAGAAAAAAGAACGUCACGGAAUAGUUUGCAUGAAUAUGAUUUUUAUGCUCCUAUACCACUUUUGUACCCUUUUGAUUUCCGAUCGCAUGCUGAAGGAGAUUGAGGAAUUUUCUUCACUGACAUUUUUCAAUUGAUUUUCGUGAUUUCGCUCUGUUUCUUUUCACGAGUCAAAUUCCAUUUUCGUUUUGAUAUAUAGUAGAAUUAUUUGCAUUGAUUAUGCAAAUUGUGUUGUCUAUUUGUCUUACAUUUCCAAGGAUUGCCCUCUCACGAGCCGAAAUUUCACCUAAGGAGAUAUGAUAUGUCUCGAUUGAAUUUUCUGCUGGUUUAUCGGACACAAUCUUACAUGCUGUCUUAUCUCAUUAUUCACCAUUCAUUUGAUCCAUUAAUUUGGGCAGUGAACAUUGUGACAACCAUGUACACUCUGAUGGAAUGGGUUUAUAAAUUCCAACUGCAAAGACAAUGGGAAAAUAAAAUUAUUUAAAUGCAAAAUACUAUAGUGAGUGUUUAAUGCGCUUGAUGAUGAUUUUUCAAUGAGGCGAAUGUUUAUUUCAAGCUCUAGUCAAUUAGAUUUCCAAAAGAAAAAAAACAUACACCGAAAGAUAAAUAAAAGAUUUUCCAUGUUAUUUCUGAAGCGAGGAAAAGUAGCGUGAAAAAUUCCUUGUUUUGCAGACGUUUUUGACUUGGUAAAAGAUAUGAAAGAGAGAAAAAUAAAACUCUUUACGUGAGGUAUUAUAUUUUUAUAUGGAGCUACAGGAAGGUGAAACAAAAACACAAUUUUAUAAUUUCCAAACGAUUUACAUACAUACUUUUGAAAAUGAAUUCAAUAAAAAUUUACCACAAACAUUCACAUUCUGGCUGAGUAGUGUUUUUUCUCGCGCUCUUCUCUUUUUAUUACUGUUUUAUUUUGUCAAAAGAGAAUUAUAAAAAAAAGAUAAUACUCUAUAGGCGAUUCUGAAUAACACCUCGUCAGUGAGCAGGAGAGUAAUGGUUUUGGUGCUGGUUGAUCACACAAUUCUAGGCAUUAACUUUAUCUCUCGCGAAUAGUUUAAUCCUUAAUUUUCGAUGCAUUUCUCUGUAUAUUCCUUUUCUCAUGGGUUUUUGUGAUUAAUUGCUGUAUGUUUUUAAUCUAUUUCUUUACUUCUUAAUACCAUUUUUAAUAUUUUUACUUCUGUGUUAAUGGAAUGAGUUUCUCUAUUAAUAAUAAUGAUUAGUUGGUAUAAACAAAACUAGCAACUUUGAGAAAGAAACUAUUCUUAAGAAUAACAUCACACCUUUGUUGCCAUUAUACAAAAUAGCUGUUGUUGAUAGGAAGAAGAGAGGAUAAAGUGACUGAGGAGGAGAUGAGGAGGAGGAUGAGCUUAAGUGACGGAGAAAAAUGAUGUGAAGAGAAAGGCCAUGUAAAAAGUCUCAAGAGAACUAAAAAAAAAAGCAUCAUGAUAGAGCUUAAAGGAAUAAAGGAAUGAUUAUACAAUGUAUUUUGCUGAGAUAUGAUUUUAAUAUUAAUAUGUUGGACAUAGAAGAUGAAAGUAUAGUGGAUAAUACAACUAAUUAACUAUUAAUAAUAGUGUAUAAAAUAAUCCUGUGAAU